CGCUAAAACACUUCAAAAAUAUCACAAGUUUGGGUGCCCAAGUAAACGUAUCAGCUGUGCUAUUUUCGUUGGGCGAGUCGAGUGUUCGCCCAAGCCAUGCUCAAAUCCAAACUCCUAAAGCCGCCGCCGCCGCCGCCGCCUUCCUAUGCUUCUCCUUCUCGCCACCGGCACCACCGUAUCCUCUCUCUGCUCAAGCAAUGCACCACCCUCCGCUGCUUCAAGCAGAUCCACGCCCACAUGCUCACCCUCGCCGUCCGCAAGCCCAACGACCUCCUCGCCAGGCUCCUCCUCCUCGGCGACCUCCCCUACUCCCUCCUCCUUUUUUCCCAGAACCCCCGCCCCAACGACUUUUCCUUCAACCUCGUGAUCCGCGCCCUUGUCACUCUCUACUCACGCUUUCCUCUCGCCCUCGAGUUCUACCUCCGCAUGCUCCGCUCCGGCCUCCGGCCCGACCACUACACCUUCCCCUUCGUCCUCCUCGCCGCCGCCAACCUCCAGUCCUUGUACCACGGCCUCUCCGCCCACGCCUCCAUCUUCAAGCUCGCCCUUCACGACGUCGACCACGUCCAGCACUCUCUGCUCACCAUGUACGCGCGGUGCGGCCAGGUGGGCCUCGCCCGCAAGCUGUUCGGUGAAAUCGCCGUGAGAGAUUCGGUCUCCUGGAAUUCGAUGCUUUCAGGGUACGCGAAGAUGGGUUGCGCCGGGGAGGCGGUGGAGCUGUUCCGGAGGAUGCGAUCAGAAGGACUGGUCGAGCCGGACGAGGUCACUCUGGUGAGUGUCUUGGCGGCGUGCGGGGACUUGGGGGACGUGAGUUUGGGCAUGUGGUUGGAGGAGCUGGUGGGGGAGUAUGGAUUGGUCCUGAACUCGUUUCUUGGGUCUUCAAUGAUUGAUAUGUAUGGUAAAUGCGGGGAUUUGGACUCAGCAAGGAGGGUUUUUGAUAGACUGGCAAAGAAGGAUUUGGUUGCAUGGAACGCAAUGAUCACAGGGUAUGCUCAGAAUGGUUUAUCGAAUGAAGCCAUUAAAUUAUUUCACACCAUGAGGAAGAAAGGGAUUGAACCUGACAAAAUCACAAUUGUAGGUGUUCUAUCAGCUUGCGCUUCGGUUGGGGCACUAGAGCUAGGCAUGUCCCUUGAUGCAUAUGCGUCAAGAAAUGACCUAUAUAAUAAUGUUUAUGUCGGAACAGCUUUGGUUGACAUGUAUGCAAAAUGUGGAAAUUUAGUUCGAGCUAUGGAAGUCUUCGAAAACUUGCCUCACAGGAACCUAUUCACAUGGAAUGCUAUCAUCUCUGCGUUUGCUUUCAAUGGGCAAGGCGAAGAGUCUAUUUCGUUGUUCUCCAGAAUGCUUGCUGAUAAGCAAGGGCUUCUGCCUGAUGAUAUUACCUUUAUAGGUUUACUUUCGGCAUGUGUACAUUCAGGCUUAGUGGAUGAAGGCCGUCGUUGGUUUGGUUUCAUGCAGUCAACGUAUGGAAUUGUUCCAAAGAUUGAGCAUUAUUCCUGCAUGGUCGACCUUUUUGCACGUGCUGGACUAUUGGAUGAAGCAUGGGAGUUCCUGGAGAAAAUGCCUCAAAAACCUGAUGCAGUUGCCUUAGGAGCUAUGCUUAGUGCUUGUCGCUAUCACAAGAAUGCUAAAAUAGGAGAGAAAAUUGCAAAGAGGAUCCUUGAAUUGGAGCCUUCGAACUCAGCAAACUAUGUCAUUUCUUCUAAAAUGUUUGCAGGCUCAAAGAGAUGGAAGGAUUCAGCCAGGAUGAUAGGGCUCAUGAGGGAGAGGGGCGUAGCGAAGACUCCUGGUUGCAGCUGGAUCGAGGUCAGUGACCGAGUCCAUGAAUUCCAUGCAGGUGACAGGAUGCAUCUCAGAGCUACAGAGAUUUUUGAUAUGAUUGACUUAGCAGUCGAUGAGAUGAAGAUGGAAGGUUACACUCCAAAGAUUGACUAAAUUAGCUGGUAUAGACCAAUACAUGAAGCAAUUGCUCUUUAGCGAAAGGUAAUCCUCAGGUUUUAGCCAUCCUAGAAAUUUUUAUCUGAAGGAAUAUGAUCUAUUUUGAUAGCUGAACUGGGUUAAUAUUUAACCUAGGUUCACAAUUACAGCAUUAAGGAUGAAAAGUGAACACUAUUCAUACUCUCACUAAGGAGCUUCAUGAGCAAGGGUGGCCUAUAUAGAACCUCAUCUUUAUUAGUGAGCAUGCCUGAAAGAGUUGUAGAGCAGCAACUGAUGUGGAAUUACUCUUGUUAUGUAAAUUAUAGAGGUAGCUGUUAUGCUACUAAUCAUUUGAUAUCAAAGAAAAUUGAAGCAUACCUGAAAGGCUUGAAACUGAUGGCUGCAAUGAGAUAAGAGAAUAAAAACUAUGCCCCUUGAAAUUCUAACUUCUGUUGCUGAUGAUUCAGAAAAAUCUCCUUGCUCCUUGACUUGGAUAAACAUCAUACUUGUGAUUUCCAGAAUUCAAAUUUGUGAUCACAUUCUUCGACUUGCAACUCGCAAAGUCCGCUGCCUCAGAGAUCAGAUCCACUACUUUCCCAGAAGGAUCCUAAACCUUACAUAACCCAAGAUUGUCUGAUACAAUGCCGCUUCAAUCAGAAUCUACUUAUCACCAUCAAGCAAGCACCUGUUACGUUUUUGUAGUUCUCUAACUUCAUUUUGCUGAGCAAGCUGCAAUGUGACUCUCCAAUUCUGGGGAUUUCUAACUUCAUUGGAGACGCAAGGACACCAACCAUGAGUUCCGCAAUCAUGCUUAUCGAUACAGCCACCUUGGCCGCUGAAGAAUAAGCAGGAUGGAAACGUAUGAGCAAUCUCAUGCAGACAAAUGGUGAGGGAGUGGUUUCUCAUGGCCAUGGAUUUUGGUUUCUUCUGUUCAUUUGGUUUUAGUUAUUUGUAUUCAUUUUAUCUUUAACAGUGGUAUAAACUUGUACAGUAGGUUUGAUAUAAGAGCUUGAUAUUUCUCAAAAGGUCAACCUAACAAUUCUUGCAGUACUAUUGGAGAUACAAUGAUAUAUGCACUAUUGGAGAUUCAGUC